CACUAACCUUGUCUUUAGCAACCUCAUUUUUCUUUUAGGCUUAUCCUCUUCUUGAUACUCUCUCCGUCAGCUUUUUGAAAUUGUUCCUGACAGUUCUAACCACUCCCUUCCUAUAAGUACACACACACCCCACCCCAGUUCAAUGGCGAAUGUUGCUGGUGAUCUUCCUUUGUACAGCUGCAGGAAUUGCCAAAAUCCUAUUGCGCUUCGCAGUGACCUUCUUUCUAAAGCUUAUAUUGGAAAAUCUGGGCCAGCAUAUUUGUUUAGUCAUGCAAUGAACAUCAUUAUUGGGCGAAAAGAGGACAGGAAGCUCAUAACUGGUGCAUACAGUGUUGCUGACAUCUAUUGUUGCAACUGUGGGGAGAUCCUAGGCUGGAAAUACUUGCGUGUUUAUGAGGUUAAACAAAAGUUCAAGGAAGGGAAGUUCAUAAUCGAGACAAAGAAAAUCGCCAAGGAAUAUUAAUAAUCCUAAAUGUGAAGACAAUAUCCAUAAUAGUUUCCAUUAGAAAAAAGGGUCCCUACUUCAUUUUUCCCAGAUGGUAUGAGCAUGUUGGUUCCACAUUUUGAGCUGUACUCACUAUAGGUGCUUUGUACCCAAAACUUGAAGGUUUUUUGGAUAAUUAAAUUCUAUAUUGCUGAUCUGAUAAAAA